UGAAAUUUGGUUUUUGUUGUACUAUUUUUUGGUUAUGUUUAUUUCUAUAAUAAUGUUGAUUUUUAGUACGAAAUUAUGACUAAGCUCGACUUUUUAAAUAAACAACCAGUUGUAGUAAAUGUUGUUCCCGUACGUUUCAACUUGUGGAUCAUGUUGUUCACAAGCUGUUGGGCGGCUUACAUGCUUCGUGUCAACUUGAGCCUCAAUCUGAUCGCCAUGGUGCCUCAAGCUCCUCGCAACUCUAACGUCCGGUCUCAGUGUGGGUCAAAGGAUGACGUUGUUAGAAAUAGCAGCCUACGUCACGUGGACAUCGCCGAUGUUCGGGAGGCGCCUAGGCAGGUUCCAGGAGGUGCACUUUUUGAUUGGAAUGCUGACCAGCAAGCUCUGAUCUUGGGCUCAUAUUUCUGGUGCUAUCCUUUGACGUCGCUCGUGGGAGGCAUGGCUGCCGAGAGAUGGGGUCCAAGAUAUGUGGUCCUUUUCACAUCAUUUGCUAGUGCCAUAUUGACUGCACUCAGUCCUGUUGCAGCUAAUUGGCAUUAUAUGGCUUUGGUCGUAACUCGAUUCUUCCUCGGAUUUGCUGGGGGUUUCAUAUAUCCAGCGUUACAUGUAUUGGUGGCACGAUGGGCCCCGCCAGCCGAGAAAGGAAAGUUCGUGAGUGCCAUGAUGGGUGGAACGUUAGGAACAGUGGUCACGUGGUCAUUAACUGGACCGUUAAUGGAAAAAUUCGGAUGGGAAUCAGCUUUUUACGUACCAGCCGGACUAACUCUAGUAUGGUGUGGGUUCUGGUGGUACUUAGUAGCGGAUACACCUGGGGAACACCCAAGAAUCACUGAAGCAGAAAAAACAUACAUAUUAGAUGCUUUAGGAGACAAGGUCAAGAAAUCAAAGGGUUUGCCGCCGUUCAAAUAUAUUAUUAAGUCUUUCCCGUUUCUUGCCAUGGUGAUACUACAUUACGGAAAUCUCUGGGGAUUGUACUUCAUAAUGACGGCUGGACCGAAAUUCGUUGCAAGCGUUUUGGGCUUUGAUAUAUCCGCCACCGGCGUCAUAUCUGCUUUGCCUUAUCUAGCAAGAUUAUUCAUGGCUACCAUAUUUGGAGUUAUUGGCGAUUUCAUUCUAGCAAGAAAAUUGAUGUCAACAACAUUUAUAAGGAAGUUCUUCUGUUUAUUCUCACAUAUUUUGCCAGGAGUGUUAUUAGUGAUGUUAGUGUACGCGGGAUGUUCGACGGCUUUGUCUGUUACCCUGAUAACAAUGUCGAUGGGUUUCAACGGAGCGGCAACGCUGACAAAUCUACAAAACCAUCAAGAUUUAGCGCCAAAUUACGCUGGAACUUUGUAUGGAAUUGCCAAUUGCGUCGGUAGCACGGCUGGCUUCUUUACACCUAUGAUUACAGCGUACUUCACGAGGAAUGGUUCUGGCUUUGAAAAUUGGCGCCCAGUUUUCUAUGUCGGUGCUUCGGUGUAUAUUGUUUCGGCAAUAUUUUUCAUAUUCUUUGGCACUGGCAACAUACAAGACUGGAAUUUCGUUGAUCAAGACAGAGAAAGUAAGGAUGAUAAAAAUGCCAACAAUGACCUUAAGGAAAUCAAUGGAAUCUCCGUGAAGAACGGAGGAACCAAGGAAAAUAAAGAGACAUCCCUAAGUGUAAUAACGAAUCAGUAAAGGUUAGGUAUUGAAGAUUUCCGUGUAAAUUGUAUGGUGUCCGAAUUAAAAACGUGCUUAUAAUAAUAUUUUCGGUGACACUAGUUACUUAAUUGUGUAAUUUUAAUUGAAUAUUUUAUGACUUGCCCAUAUUUACGUAAUCAUUAUGUCUCAUAAAUGGAGUGCUUACUGAGAUAAAUUUUAAAUUAUAUUAAAAUGACAAAUAUUAAAGAAAAAAAAAAACACGGGGAUAGAUGUAUUUUACGCGCAUUACUUAUUUGUUAUACAAUAUUUUUAUAUAAGUAUUUUAUUGAUAUUUUUUUGUAAAUCGACUGUUUGUGCAUUUCGUUUAGAUAUAAGGUGUAAUAUUGUGAUGUCUAAAUUAAUAUAACUUGUAAUUUAGUUUGUAGCUCGUCUUCAAAUUUUUUGUCUUCAAAUUGGCGGAUGUAAAAUGUUAAUGUUUGAAACCAAAAAUUUCGCGUUCAUUUUAAUGUCUGUGAUCAGUAUUGCCAAAUGUAAUGUUACGCAUACUCGUACUUCAUUUAGUAGGUAGAUUUGGUCAUGUCUAUUCAACAAUUUCGCUAAUAGCCCAAUAGAUAAGUUGACCUGGUUCUUCAUUAAACAUUUAUAGUGGAAAAUGUAUUUGAAAUUCUGAUCCGGGAUCAAGCUCAUUACUAUCGUUUAAAAUAAAUUAUGUUACCGUCGUUCAAAAUGUUACCUGCUUGUAUAUUCGUCACUCGUAAUACGAUUUGAAAUACGCAAAAAUACAAAUAAACUUAUACAACAUCAGCUCUUCUAAGAAUCGCACGAUUUAAUAUUCAAUAUUUCAAACAGACUGUAUUUGAAAUGUUUAAUGAUUAUUGACAUAACACGAGUAUUUAUUAUCACACUGAGUAAAUUAAACAGACGAAUCGAGUUAAUCAGGUUUUAUAAUUUUUUUCAUAGGCCGACAUACACGUUUUGCCUAUUUAAUGAUGAAAUAAUAAUAUGUAAUUGCGUUAAGUUCAUUGGGCUCGCAUUUUCAAUUCUUAUAUGAAGUAAAAUUUUAAAAAAUUGUACUCUCGUAAAAUUAAAUGACAAUAAUAUCAGCGAAGACUAAAUGUUUUUAAAUCCUACGAAUUCAUCAACUGUGUUUACCAUAAUGAGUGACAUUAAUUAUAAAUUAAAGAAUGUCGUAUAAUAAUGACAUUUUGAUUAAUUUUAAAAUAAAAUCCUGUUAUCGACAAC